AGUACAUACAGUAUCAGUCUCAGAGUGGUACAAUGACACUGUCAGAAGGUUGAAGUUCAUGCUGAACAACUAUACCAGCUUGAGGGAAGUCUCUGGAACAAGCAUUUUUAAGACUGGAAAAGAGCCAUGAUGAACUCCAACAAGAUGACCAUCAACUUGGCUCUCUUUGGCAUGACUCAAAGUGGAAAAAGUUCUGCGGGAAACAUUCUCCUGGGAAGCACUGACUUCCACAGCAGCUUUGCUCCAUGCUCUGUGACCAAAGACUGCAGUCUGGGCCGUAGCUGUCACCUCCACAGCUUCAUGCGUCGAGGGGGGCAAGAGGUGACUCUGCAGGUCCAGGUGCUGGACACGCCAGGUUACCCGCACAGCAGGCUGAGCAAGAAGCACGUGAGACAGGAGGUCAGGGAGGCCCUGGUGCAUCACUUUGGGCAGGAGGGUCUGCACCUUGCACUGCUGGUCCAGAGAGCAGACGUGCCUCUUUGCGCACAGGAGGAAUCUUCCCCAGUCCAAAUGAUCCAGGAACUUCUGGGCCAUGCUUGGAUGAAUUACACUGCCAUUCUUUUCACCCAUGCAGAAAAAAUAGAAGAGGCUGGGUUCAAUGAAGAUGAAUACUUACGUGAUGCCUCUGAUACAUUGCUAACGCUACUAAAUUCUAUUCAGGGUAGGUAUAUUUUCCAGUAUAGAAAAGGAAACUCGCUUAGUGAACAAAGACUAAAAAUCUUAGAAAGAAUAAUAGAAUUUGUAAAAGAAAAUUGUUACCAAGUACUUACCUUUAAGUAAGAUUUAGGUGAAAGGAAAAGGGCUUUGCGUUUUAGAGUCAGCCACCUGCAUUCCAAUGUGCCUUUGUGAGCAUGAAUGUGGACCAUCAGAAUUUCCAUAUGUUGCCAGUAAGCAUGUACAUUGAUAUAACCACUUUGGAACACUGUUUAGCAAUUAAAAAUAAGAUUCCUAAGGUAAACCCUAUGACACAAUAAUUAUCUAUGUCCAAAAGAAAUGUAUACAUCUGUGCCCUAAAAGACAUGCAUGUACAAGGAUGUUCAUAGCAGUACUACCUAUAAUAGCUAAAAACUGGAAAUUACCCAAAUGUCCACUAAUGGCAGAGUGGAUAAACAGACUGGGGUAUAUUCACACUAUGAAAUAUUAUGCAGUAAGGAGAAUGAGCAAACUAAACUGCAUGUAACAAGAUCAAUGAAUUAUCCAAACGUAAUGUUAAAGAAAAAAGCCACACAUGAGAGUAUAUACUCUAUGAUUCGAUUUGUAUAAAUUUCAGAGUCAAAACUAAUGUAAAUUAAACUAUUUUGAUGUGAGAAUCACAAGGAAGUCGUCACCCUUGUGGGGAGGAGGUGGGAGAGUGAGUGAAAGCAAGCACUGGGGUGGCUUCUGAGAUUGCAGUAAUGUUCUGUUUCUUGACCUGAAAGCUGGCUGCACAGAGUGUCCCUACUGUGAAAAUCCAACAACAAACACUUCUGACUUAUGAAUUGUAUACUACAUAUGCUAUACUUGAAUAAAAGAGAUGUAUAACAAUACAAAUUUUCAAAACU